AUGUCCCUGGACGAACCAGCAAGCAUAGACAUCUCGAUGGACCCAACUACAUUAAAGAAUAACUUCUUACCUUCCUCCAUGGGUCUCACACCAAGAGAUAAAAAUGAGUCAGAAAUGACUUUAGUGUCCCCGACACCGGUCUCAGGAAUCAAGCAGGAUGAAACCACGGAACGACAAUUAAAGAUAAUUAAAAACAUCGACAUCUUGAAAUAUUUGAUAAAUUCAUUGGCAGGGAAGGAUAAAUUCGUAAAGAUAAUUAAAUGUCUACUGGAAUUGUUCCAACAAUGGGUAUUGAAUCCGGCAAGGAUAGCACAGGAUAAGAACAAUUUAAGGGCUCUUUUACUUUCGAACCCACUCGUAUGGAAGAAUUUACUCAUUCAUCCAGUUAAAUUCGUUAGAGUCAUGACGUUGGCCGUAUUAACUAAUAUUUCUUCAAAUGUGGCGUUUAGUACUGCACAUUUGAGUACGUUUAGGUACAUGUUGAGAUUCGGUUCAUCGCCGUUUAAGAUGUAUCAACUUUAUGAGAAAUUGAAGUCCACAAACAGGAAAAAUUAUCAACAAGUUUGGUUUAAUGAAGAAUCCCUACAAGAGACUCUCGAUUUAUAUUACACGAUAUUUGAUGAAAUAGAUUUGCUUUUCAAAUUGAAAUUGAUCUCUUCCAAGAGAAACCCCAAAUUUUACAAUUUCGUCACUAGGAAUGAAACCAUAUCAUGGCAAUAUGACAUCAUAUUAUCAUGGAAGCAAAAUUGGGUACAGUUACAAUCUUUACAAAGAGAAAUUAUUCAAUUGCAAGUACAAUUAAAGAUCAAAUCAAAUUCUUUGAACUUAUCCACACAAUACCAUAACAAUGAAUCAGAAAUAGGUAAACAAUUAUUAAAUGAUUUACAAAUAAAUGAAAAAUGGAGCCUCUUGAAAAGGGAAACAAAUGCCAAAUUACAAGAACUGAAUGAGAAGAAACAAAUCGUUUAUUUGGAUUUGACAAGACUCACUUUUGAUCUAUUGGCUAACUCCACCGAUUUAUUCAAUAUAAAGACACCAAGAGGCACAUAUACCGCAUUAUCCCUAUGUUCUGGGGCUGUUGGUAUGAUCAAAUUGUGGAAGAAUGCAAGGAAAACAUUGUCCACUUGA